GCGCAGCUGCUCCGCGGCAGACGGGCGACUGCGGCUGCCGGCGACAUGUGCCGUCUCCCGCACGGGCGGCUCGGCGCGGCUGCCUGGGCCGCUGGCACGUGCACGUGCACGCGGACGUGAGCACCUGCCCGCGCAUGCGCACGUGAGCUGGUGGCGUGACCUCUGACCUCGAUGGGGAGAGGAAGCCAGGCUGCAGCAGGCACACCUACAUUCAGCUCUAUGGACCUAGUGAUGGGCAGCAUUUUCCUGGUCACAUAUGGCGUGGUUUCAAGCUAACACUUCUGCAACGACCAGAAGAUAGAGCGCAGUUCUAUCCCCACUUGCCGGACACAGUUGUGAGUGUACCGACAGUUAUAACUCAAUAAAUAUAUGAAUUACACUGUCAACUUUUUAAUGUGUAUAUGAGUAGUGGGAGAUAGCUGGUUCUGGAGCAAGUACGGCGUGGGUAGGGUAUAGUGCAAUGGUCAGUGUGGGUAAACAUAGCCCACAGAAGUGGGGGCAUUGACCUAUGUCAACAGAUUGUUGACAAACAUGUAGCAUGUGGGUAUGCAAAGAGGUCAUGUAGUGGAGAGGAUGACAAUGGUGAUGUAAUUUGCUGGUGGUGGCCAUCUUGGUUCCGAAGCUUGAAGGGAGAAGGAACCAGUGGAAUUUAUCUGUAAAAAAAAUCUUGCGUUGAGCUGAAAACGGACUGAGGGAGGCCAUCAUGUUGAGGUUAAAAAGUGGUGACCUUAGCCACUUUUUUUUUAAGAUGGGUGGCCCACAAGCAAUUUGGCAGCACCAGUGAGCCAAUCAUCUCAUAUUAAUUUUAAUGUUGCCGAGUCGUUGUGAAACUGUAGUUGUGGUUGUUGGUGUAAGGGUAAGCACCAAGGAGACGAUUAGGAAAACACAUUUUACAUCCAUGUCUUACCCGGGAUUCCAACUCAGAGCCCCCGCACCGUAGCCCGUUGCGUUGCCGACUGCGCUACUGGGCUAAGAGAUCAGUUGGAGAAUAAAUAAAUAAAUAAUAUAUGCUUGCAAAGUAUGUCUUUGAAGCUAUAUAAAAAGUGACAUCUUGUAGAGAGCAGCACAUUAAAAAAAUUAAUAAUUAAUUAAUUAAAAAAAUAAUUUCUCAGAUAAGCAUUCUUUAAUUUCAGCGCACACUGUCAAAGGACAGCACAAUCACCCGUUUUGAAUGGCCGUGUCGUCUGCUAUGGAGCACAACAUAUAAAUUUCAAAAUUUAGUUCACAUAGAGCACCACAACGAUAUUUCUCACAAUCGUUUUUUUUAUUUCAAGCAUUUAUGCAACCAUCUUUAAUACAAGUAUCGUCCAAUAGGAAGUACUAUCUUGGAUUUGCCCUUUGUCUACUAUAAUUCAUUCCUUUACAAGCAUUAAGUGCAUAAGAAAAGCCUUUAAUGUGCUACAUCAUCCGCCACCUUGUAAUUAAAAAGCACCAUCUUGGAUGGAGAGGUGUAGGCAAAGUGCACCUAAGGAUACUUUCCAUAUCAUGCAUAGGACACACCCCAGGAAAGCUUUCAAUAUGCUACAUCCUCUGCCAUCUUGGACCUAGGAAAAGACACCAUAUUGGGUGGAGUGGUGUAAGUACAUGAUGCAUAAGAAAUGUCCCCAAGUUGUUUAAAUAAGACCUUAUAGUACUGUGUAUGCUUAUAGGGAUAGUGGUUGAUAUAGUUAUGUUUAUGCUCAUAAGGUUAAACUAAUAUAUAAUCAUAGUAUGUAUAGUGGUAAAUAAAUAAAAUUCUUUAUAUACAUAUGCUUAUAGGCAUAGGCUUUAUAACGGUAAAGAAAUAAAAACCUUUAUAUGGUAUGGUUAUAAGUUAGUGGGUAGGCAUACCUUGUUUAUAAGGUUUUAUUAUUAUUUUUAAACACGGAAUAGUAAAACAUACACAGCAGACAAGGUGUAGGUACUUGCCAGGAAAUGUAUUAUUAUUCAUUCUUCGAAGUCUGUGCCAUGCAACAGGACAUAGAAGUGUGCUCCAUGGGCAUAACGAUCCUGUAGAUGUUUUUCAGUUGAGGAUGUCACCCUUAAAAAUACGCCGAAUGAGUUCGAAAAAUCCUAAGCCGAAGGCUAUCAACUUUGGUAAGAGCAUUGCUACAUAAAAAAUGAAGUUGUGAAUUUUUACAAUACUUUUUUUUACAUUGAAAAUAAAUACGAGAGUUUUUUUUUUAAAUUCAGUUGGGAAAAUCUUAAGUUCUUGAUUCUGGUUUCAUUAAAUCUAAGCAUGGCAAUGAAUCCAGUGAUGAAAAAAAUAAUAAUAAAUUUGUAGGGGAAAUAUGUAAAUAGAAAAAAACUUGUUUUACAUUUUUUAAUUGGCCUUUAAGUAGAGUUGAGGGGAAUUAGGUGUGAUUUAAUGAAGGUUAAAUAUAUAUCCACACUUUAACCGGACUUGAGAAAUUGGAACACUUAAUAUAAAUUUAAAAUACCCAAGAAAUUUCCAACACAAAUAGUUUGAUAAUUAAAGAAACAGCAAAUAGCUCUGUUAUUUGUGUUUUCUGCUAUCCGCAAGUUAAUUUGGAAUUUAUUGCUUACUUUUGUUACAAGUCGCGAGUUGUAGCAGGGUUGUAUGUGCAGGCUUACAGAACAUUUGUUUUUGAAGAAAUAAUUUUUACAGAAGUUUUUGAAUCAGCUGGAGGGACAAGUUAUUUUACUACAUUUUUAUUCCCGUUUCCAGUUUUAUAAUUUUCAUGACCUACUUAUGAUCAAUUAGAUACUUAUCACAAGGGAAACAAAAUUAAUCGAUAUCAAUAGUGUUUCCUUCCAUUUUUAUUGCAGCUGCAGACUGAGUAGUGUGAAAUUAUUUUAUUUUCGAAACGUGAACUCGCUCAAGUUUGUAGUUGGACAGCUUUAAGCUGGGGCGCCGUUGCCAACUGAAUGCCACGUACUUCAGAAUGCACGGUCUUCCAUUGAUCGAUUGGGGGAAGUUGCGCACGCGCUUACAUGGUAUUUUUCUUACUGUUAUGACUUAAUAACGCAUGGAUUUGUUACUGCCUAAACCGUCACGUAAGUAAGUUUGGCCGUGCUGAUAGCGAGCUGUUGCGCACCAUAGCCCUCGCUAUGUUUGAGUCAUGUAAGUCUGGUCAUGCUGAUAGCGAGCUGUUGCGCAACAUAGCCCUCGCUAUGUCUGAGUCAUGUAAGUCUGGUCAUGCUGAUAGCGAGCUGUUGCGCACCAUAGCCCUCGCUAUGUUUGAGUCAUGUAAGUCUGGUCAUGCUGAUAGCGAGCUGUUGCGCACCAUAGCCCUCGCUAUGUUUGAGUCAUGUAAGUCUGGUCAUGCUGAUAGCGAGCUGUUGCGCAACAUAGCCCUCGCUAUGUCUGAGUCAUGUAAGUCUGGUCAUGCUGAUAGCGAGCUGUUGCGCACCAUAGCCCUCGCUAUGUCUGAGUCAUGUAAGACUGGCCAUGCUGAUAGCGAGCUGUUGCGCACCAUAGCCCUCGCUAUGUUUGAGUCAUGUAAGUCUGGUCAUGCUGAUAGCGAGCUGUUGCGCACCAUAGCCCUCGCUAUGUCUGAGUCAUGUAAGUCUGGCCAUGCUGAUAGCGAGCUGUUGCGCACCAUAGCCCUCGCUAUGUUUGAGUCAUGUAAGUCUGGUCAUGCUGAUAGCGAGCUGUUGCGCAACAUAGCCCUCGCUAUGUCUGAGUCAUGUAAGUCUGGUCAUGCUGAUAGCGAGCUGUUGCGCACCAUAGCCCUCGCUAUGUCUGAGUCAUGUAAGACUGGCCAUGCUGAUAGCGAGCUGUUGCGCACCAUAGCCCUCGCUAUGUUUGAGUCAUGUAAGUCUGGUCAUGCUGAUAGCGAGCUGUUGCGCACCAUAGCCCUCGCUAUGUCUGAGUCAUGUAAGUCUGGCCAUGCUGAUAGCGAGCUGUUGCGCACCAUAGCCCUCGCUAUGUUUGAGUCAUGUAAGUGUGGUCAUGCUGAUAGCGAGCUGUUGCGCAACAUAGCCCUCGCUAUGUCUGAGUCAUGUAAGUCUGGCCAUGCUGAUAGCGAGCUGUUGCGCACCAUAGCCCUCGCUAUGUCUGAGUCAUGUAAGUCUGGCCAUGCUGAUAGCGAGCUGUUGCGCACCAUAGCCCUCGCUAUGUCUGAGUCAUGUAAGUCUGGCCAUGCUGAUAGUGAGCUGUUGCGCACCAUAGCCCUCGCUAUGUUUGAGUCAUGUAAGUCUGGCCAUGCUAACAGCGAGAUUUUGCGCACCAUAGCCCUCGCUAUGUUUGAGUCAUGUAAGUCUGGUCAUGCUGAUAGCGAGCUGUUGCGCACCAUAGCCCUCGCUAUGUCUGAGUCAUGUAAGUCUGGUCAUGCUGAUAGCGAGCUGUUGCGCACCAUAGCCCUCGCUAUGUCUGAGUCAUGUAAGUCUGGCCAUGCUGAUAGCGAGCUGUUGCGCACCAUAGCCCUCGCUAUGUUUGAGUCAUGUAAGUCUGGCCAUGCUAACAGCGAGAUUUUGCGCACCAGAGCCCUCGCUAUGUUUGAGUCAUGUAAGUCUGGCCAUGCUGAUAGCGAGCUGUUGCGCACCAUAGCCCUCGCUAUGUUUGAGUCAUGUAAGUCUGGCCAUGCUAACAGCGAGAUUUUGCGCACCAUAGCCCUCGCUAUGUCUGAGUUACGGCACAUUACGUGUUGUGUAUUCCCGUAACAUCGAACAUUGAAGAUCAUUAUAAAUGUAAAUUUGGCACGAACUUGGUACGUGUUCGCUAGGAAUAUGUAGAAUCGUACAUACGUAAUACAGUUGAGGCAAGACGUGCUGCGGUAUGUGGCUUCUUAUCGAUAUUUGCUCUAGAUUAAUGUUCGUUAGUAUUUGCUAUAAUACCUUAAUUCAUGACGGCGCUUUACCUUUGGCGGUGAAGCACACGUGAUAGCCUUCGGAUCUCCAAACAGUGUUUCGUUUCAUGUCAUAGCAAUUGAUCUUGCACCGCCAUGUCAUUUCUUAAAGGCGCCGUUUCAAGUAACUCUCGGUGGUCCGAUAAUCGGUCAGAGCCAUGUUUGCUGGAGUAAUUCUCGAUCAGAGAUAACUAUUUUCAUCGCCAUUACCUCACGCAAUCAACGCUACGCUACCAGUACCUCACUUUUAGAGCAGCUUUGACUUUUCAGCGGCAGCUACUGGUGCUACGUGAGUUAUGCGUAUAGUGUUGAGUGAAGCUGUAGCUUCCUGGUUUGCAAUCAUCUGCAAUGUUCCUUGUUGUGAGCUAUCGACUGUAAUGUAGGGUAACUAUCCAUUAGUCACUAACGUUGAGACGGCUGUUAAUCUUACGUCUGGACGCUGCAGCUCAUUUCAUUUGGUAUCUGUUUGAAUGCGACAAUUCUCAUUUCUUCCAGUAUCUUUGGUCAAAUAACGUGAUGUUUCUUAAACUGCCAAUUUACUUUGGCUAAACGUAGUUUUUAUUAUCUGGGAAAUCGCUAAUAUGAUUUUAAGGAGCCUAAAUAUAACGUUAUUCACUAUAGAUUAAACAAUACAUAUUUAAAUAAAGUUAGUUAAAACUAAUAGUUCAGUAUUUGGUACCAGCAAACGCUUUAACAAAUUUGAGACUUCUUGCGUCUAUGUACUCAGAUUCGCAAAAAUCUAAUACUUGCUUACUUUUGUUUUUACUCAAGGUCCACCAUAUGUUAAAAUAUUUCGUUCCUAAUUUUAAUUUUUUUUCUUGAAAACAAAUUUUUCAAAAGUACAUGUUUUCCCUAAGUUAAAUAUUUGUGAUAUUUUUUAGAUACAAACAAUAGUCAAACUUAAAAUUUAUGUAAAUAUACUUACGGUAUAUUUUCACACACGAAGAAUCUACCAAAAUUUGUCCCAAUACACGUUAGAAGAGAUUUACUUUCCUUACAUAUUCAUUCUCACAGUUUCACGAAUUUAUAUUUCUAUUAGCAUUCCUCUUCAAAAAUUAAUCACUUAUUAGAUUACCCGUCAAAACUUAAGGACCAUUUCGAAAUUCUACAAAACGUUCCUGUCCUUAAACUUUAGGUAAAAUCUUUUGUAUAAUUUUUUCAUAAUUUUUUUCCAUAAAAACUAGUUUUUAUUCAUUCAAACUAUUGAAAUCGGUUUAAUAAACGGUUUUUAAAUUUUACAGGGUUUAUAAAAGCAGAAUGUUCUUGCAUUUUACUAUGGGAAAUAUAUGCAGACAAAAUAAACUGUCUGGUAUCUUAAAGUUAAAUAUGAUUUUUAAUUAUUUCCAAAUGCAUAAUUAAAAAAAUAAGAUAUAGAAAAAAAUCACACAGCUUUUUUAAUAUUUUGAAUUAAAUUUUUUUAAGAAAAAUUAGUAUUGAAGUUUCUAAAAUUUAAAAUAGAAAGAAGGUAAAAAAAUUCAGCAGCUGGUACUCAUUCAAAAAGAGUUUUGUUUUUACUCAAUGUCCACAGCAAGUUACUUACUGUCAUGUUUAACCACUUGCUUCACUUCCGAUCGCAUUAUACAGUAUGCCCAUAAAAGAAUAAUACAGUUAUAAAUUUUAAUAGUAUCAACUGUAAGAUUUGUACAGUUUUGGUCCAAGGUCACAAUUUAGAAGUAACUUAAACAGUAUGCCCAUAAAAGAAUAAUCCAGUUAUAAAUUUUAAUAGUAUCAACUGUAAGAUUUUUACAGUUUCGGUCCAAGGUCACAAUUUAGAAGUAACUUAAACAGUAUGCCCAUAAAAGAAUAUUCCAGUUAUAAAUUUUAAUAGUAUCAACUGUAAUAUUUGUACAGUUUUGGUCCAAGGUCACAAUUUAGAAGUAACCUAAACAGUAUGCCCAUAAAAAAAAUCCAGUUAUAAAUUUUAAUAUUAUCAACUGUAAAAUUUGUACAGUUUCGGUCCAAGGUCACAAUUUAGAAGUAACUUAAACAGUAUGCCCAUAAAAGAAUAUUCCAGUUAUAAAUUUUAAUAUUAUCAACUGUAAGAUUUGUACAGUUUUGGUCCAAGGUCACAAUUUAGAAGUAACUUAAACAGUAUGCCCAUAAAAGAAUAAUUCAGUUAUAAAUUUUAAUAGUAUCAACUGUAAGAUUUGUACAGUUUUGGUCCAAUGUCACAAUUUAGAAGUAACUUAAACAGUAUGCCCAUAAAAUAAUAUUCCAGUUAUAAAUUCUAAUAGUAUCAACUGUAAGCUUUGUACAGUUUUGGUCCAAGGUCACAAUUUAGAAGUACCUAACUUAAACAGUUUUAUAUGAGCGCAUGCGUGAGUGCUGCUUUGUUGUUUUCUCGCUUGCAGCGCCACCUACGCAAAAUGGCGACUCUUGAGCGUAAAGCGUUUUGCGUUCUGCAAUUCGCUGUAAAGUUUGGCCCUAAACCCCGGCCAAACCAAACAACUUCCGCAACCCGCGACACAGUACACUCCUAUAUUGCCCCGUACCGCGAACGCAGGUAACCCCAAAAAAAUGUUAAAACCCAAACUAAUGGCAGGCUCAAAAAAUACUAAUAAGAUUGCGAACAGUGUGAGGAGGCAGCAAGUUAAAAAGACGCAAAACGUAUAUGGCAACAUUUCAUAAAUAUAUAUAAAAAUACCAUAAAAUCGUUUCAUCACAAAUCAGCGCAUACAUCAUAAAAUACAUACCCUAUUACUACUUAUAAAAAAAGCUAUAUAAUAAUACUAAAAAAAACUUUAACAAAUCCCCCAAAAAGUAUAAUUUGGAUCAUAUACUUCGGAGCUCCGAAAAA